AAAAUAGCCCACAGGACAACAGAAUCGUCGAUUUAAUUCCUCACUUAAAUUACAUAAACGGUUUGGGUUAAAAGUGCAGAUCUUAACUGUUUUUCGAAAUAUUUACCUCGGAAAGCAUAAAAAGACUCACGUGGUCCAAAACAGUGUUUCCGAUUCUCAGACGUUUUGAAACAUGUGUAUAUUGGUAGACAUCUUAAAACAUGUUUUUCUUACAGAUGCCAUAUUAUUGUUGUAAAAAUCACUCUAAAUCAGAGAUGAUAAGAUACAUUGGAGAUGCAUAAAAGGUUAUUAAAUCACAAAGCAGAACGAUGCAUUGUUUUUCUAGUGUUAUUUAUUGUUUUAAAUACGUUAUCUUGGGUUAGCGAUUGUACGUUCAUAUAGCAUAAAUUCGACCCCAACUCUGGAUUCAGGAUUACGACGUGCGAUUGCAGCAUACGUGCAGCUACUUUUGGACAAAACAUCUAGUCUCACCACAGCAUAUGUAAAGAUCAGUUAAAAUCUGAGAAAAAUGCGAUAAUAUGAGUUAAAAUCAAAUUAUAUCAAUAUUGAAAAUAAAAUCAUAUUUCAUACAGAAAUACAGAAGAGAAACAUACAGAAAGUCACGAAUAGUGUCACAACGCUUGGAACAAUUUAACAGGCAAAUGCAAUAUAUUUUGCUGGAAAGUUAUGAUGUUUAAAGGAUCGAAAUGCCAGGAAAGGCUUAUUCGGAGAUAUUGUCGAUGACCGUAUUUUUGUUGAUGAUGGCGUUAACUGGGAUUGGUUUGGCAGUUAGAGAUGACACGGGUGACGACUUGGACGUGAUUCAUGAUGCGGAAGAUAAUAUCGAUUUGUUGAUGGCCGACGCAAAAUGCAGAAAAAGUAUUAAAUGUAACAGAGACAUUGUAUUUGCAAUUGAUACCUCCUGUAAUAUAUCCCAAAAGAGGAGGGAAGAAAUACGACGUUUUAUGAUAGCUGUAAUCAGGGACCUCAAAAUUGGUACAAAACAUGUUGGUGGAAGCCAAAUCGGGAUAGUGACGUUUAAUAGCGUAUUCUACCAUCGGACAUACCUAGAUGAAGAUCUGAGUAUGCGUGACGUUCUCAUUACGAUCCUUGAACUUAAUCUUGAGUCACGGGGUAAAUGUGACCGACGCACUGACGUCGUGUUACGGACGCUACGAGAGCGCUAUUUUAAUAUUGACAGCGGCGACAGGAUAAAAUCAGGAAAUGUACUUAUUCUGAUAACAACCGGACCAACUACCCCCAAGUUGAAAUAUUUCACUGCCACUAGAGAAUCUGCAAUACUGAAGACUCUAAAACGUGCGGGUGUGUUCGUGGUUGGUGUAUUAGAUAACCCAGAUGUUUCGAAGGAUUUGUUUACACUUAAUGAAUGGAAUACUUUAGCCAGUGAACCUUCAGAAAAAAAUGUUAUCACCAUAUCAAACUUCACAGAGGAGACGGCUCCGAUAGCAAAGCAGUUAGUAGACAACAUUUGCGGCGCUGUGAAGAAAACAUGUCAGAUUUUGAGGGUGAGAUGCUCUGAUCCGAAGCUUUGUUGUGGUUGCAGAUACAAGUUCACGAUAGGGCUAUCUCUGGUGUAUCCCUUGAUGGCUCAGAAAUCUGGGAAAUGUCUCGACGAACCGUGUCUAAACGACCCAGCGUCGCCGUGUUACAUUCCGAAGCCUGCGUCGAACAAGACUGAUUCAGACUUUCUGCUGCCAUCUUGUGGCGAGGUUGAAGAAAAGAAACAUGCUGUUGUAAAACUUACAAAUGUGCAGCUACUCUUUGGUUACAAUUAUGUAGGACUGGCAAUGGCGUUCAUGGAAGUAAAUCGCAGCCUGGAGGGAUUUCAGCGUAUGUUUAUGGCAGCAGCAAAUUAUAAGACGAAGAACUUUAUGGCAAUUAUGGAAUUCCAAAUUAAGAGAGGGGCGAAGGCAGAAUUGCUCACCUUCGAUAGCAAUGUGAAACUGGACUUUAAGUCAAGUUUAUGGGCACUGAAAUAUGCGUUAGAGGUAGAGACUGAAUUGAUUCGAUCCAUUGAGGGUAUGAUUGUAAUGGCUGAUAUGAAUAACGACGCAGAGUUGGCGUCAUUCCUCAAGUGGAAGAUACUACCCGGUAGCUACAGGGGGAAGAGAGAGAUAACUUCUUACAUCACACAGCAGAGAGCACUUGGUAGGCAUCGUGGGGAAUACAUCAUGAACGCCGUUCUCAUGGAUAGGUAUACGAAACCCCGAGAGAUAUUGGAAUUUAUAGACGAUUCACAAACAUUGAGUGAUGGUCUCCGAAAGAAUGAUGAACUUUGAGCCUGUCAUUUUGUCUGAAUAUAGACUUGCUAAAUAAAUGCAUACGCAAGGCGUGGAUCCCGUUGAUAAACGCAUCAUUUACACUGGCUUUCAUGGUUCAAAAACCAUUGAAGGAGAUAUACUAGAAACGUGAAUUGGGUUUUACAUGUAGUCCAAUGGGGAAUGCUAUAUAGAGAUGGAUAAAUGUAGAUGGCAGCACAUGUGUUGGUUGGGCCACAAUACUAUUCAUAAUACACAGACAAAUGGCAAAAAUAUCACUUAAUUUCUUGAUAUAUCAAGUAUUUCCAAUUGGAUUUAUGUAAAACCCAAUUGACAUACAUCUUGUUUAUAUGUGCAUUGUGAUUUAACAUUAAAAUUGAGAACCUAAAA